CCCCCGGAGCGGAGGAUGAUGAAGCUCAAGUCCAACCAGACGCGCACCUACGACGGGGACGGCUACAAGAAGCGGGCGGCCUGCCUGUGCUUCCGCAGCGAGAGCGAGGAGGAGGUGCUGCUGGUGAGCAGUAGUCGCCAUCCAGACCGAUGGAUUGUCCCCGGGGGUGGCAUGGAGCCCGAGGAGGAGCCUGGCGUGGCCGCUGUGCGUGAGGUCUGUGAAGAGGCUGGAGUGAAAGGGACGUUAGGAAGAUUAGUGGGAAUUUUUGAGAACCGGGACAGGAAGCACAGGACAUAUGUUUACGUACUCAUCGUCACCGAAGUGUUGGAGGACUGGGAGGACUCUGUCAAUAUUGGAAGGAAAAGGGAAUGGUUUAAGAUAGAAGAUGCCAUAAAAGUUCUGCAGUAUCAUAAACCAGUGCAGGCCUCGUAUUUUGAGACCUUGAGGCAAGGCUGUCUGGCCAACAACGGCACCCCAGUCAUGACCACGCCGUACUCCGAGAGCUCCGUGUCCGACAUCAGAUGACUGACGACGUCCCUGCGAGAGCAAUUCCCAAAAGCAGACUGAGACCUGGAUUUCCCUCCCCUCCCCGUUUCCAUGCCUCCUCCCUCACACCAGGCAUGGGCAGCCGCCUGGGGCAGAGCAAGUGUUCAGAGUGCUGCAAUUUAGUGCAAGGUGGGAUGAUGUUUUUGGUUGUUUUUGUUUUUUUUUUGGUUGGCUUUUUUUGCUUUUUGGUUUUUUUUUUUUCUUUUUUGGAUCUGUAUUUUGUAAAAUACAUUUUGUGCAUGAAGUGCCCCUUUCCCGGUACUCAGCUCCACGGCUUGGAGGCUGCCAGCCCCGCCUCUGCCUUGUACUCUGAAGUGUCCCAAGUGUCCCCUUUGUGUCACCCCAGCCAGAGCCACUUUUUUUUUUCUUUUUGUUAAAUUAAAAGACUUCUAAUGUGAGAUCAGCUCUUCAAGUCUUAGUCUGUACUGUAAGGUGCUGCACAGACCCGUGUGGGGAUCACUCGCAGCGCAUCUGUAUAAACUUUUUUUUAGAUGGAGGCUCUAACAUUUUAAUUUUUGGGGAAUUUUUUUUUUUUUAAAUCCUGGUCUGCUUCUGAAAAGAAGGAUUCAUAAUUAAUCUGUUUGCCUUUUGUUCUGUUUUUUAAAAACACACAUUCUGUGACAGUGCUAGUGGCUGGGCCAGUUUACUCCCCAUCCAGUAUCUCCCGAUUUAGUGCAGUGACACUUGAAGUUGAGGGCAGAGUUCGGAUCACCUGCAGACAUCCCUGCAGACAUCCCUGCGGCUUCUCCGACAGCUUCCACCAACAUUUCUGCGUUUCCAUCCGAGCGAAACCUCACGGAGCUGCUCUGGAACCGCCGGCCAAAACCAAACAGCCUCAGCAGCGCUGCAAUGGCGCCCGGAUCACGGGAGCCGGGGAUGUGGGGGGGUCGGACGGACACACUGCGGUGUGGCUCACCAACACUGUCCCCUGCUCCCGCUGCGUCCUGCUCGUGUCUCUCUUGUCCACAUGCCUUACGCCAUGCUGAACUGGACACUUGGGGUUUGUGCUGAAGCAUCGGAUCGUGCUCGCCGAGCGUUGCCGCUGCGCCCGGAGAAGCCAUGCGCACAUCCCUAAAGAGAAGUCCCAGGGGGAAAAUUCAGGUGUUCGGUCUCUUGUCCUGUGGUUCUGCAGCACUUAGGGUCGCACUGUGGAGUGAGCUCAAAGUGUGCUCUCCAUGAAAGGUACAGCUGCCUCCCGCAGGCAGCACUCCCGGGGGAGCGGCACAGGAGAGCUCCCCGAUGCGUUGGCACACUUCACACGGGGGUUUGUUGUUUUAUUGCUGUAAGUUUCAUGCUGUCUUGAUUUGCCAACAGUGUUGUCUAGUUGGGAAAUAAAAUGGGAAGGGUUGGGGUUGGGGGUGGGUUGGGACAGGUACAAGUUUUGGGAGGGGCAUUAAUUAAUCCCUGGCUUGGGACAAGAAGUGGUUGCUGAGUUCAGUAACUUCUCCUUUGUCAGAGCAGAGCCAAGAUGUGAAAUUAAAUCUGCAGUACUUUUUUUUUUUCUUUUUUUUUUUUUCCUUUUUUUUUUUCCUGCUCUUUAUUUAACAAAAAAAUAUUCUAAUAAACACUCACUGUUCUGGAGUUUUCUCUCUUCCUGAGAAGUGCUUACAAUAUGAAAAUCUGAUAGAAAUAUCCAUGGAGCCAGGGACAAGGGGGAAUGGUAUCCUUGCUGGUUUGGCAAGAAGCUGUUCAUUUUAAGAUCCUCUUCUGUUCCUUUCCUUGUUCUCCCUGCUUUCAUCGGUGUGGAGUAGCAAGGCCAAAAGCAGUGCCAGUGAUCGCUGACAUGGAAAACCACGCGUAAGGAACAGCCCAUUAUUCAAGGAGUAGCUCAAACCCAAGCGUCUGGAAUUGAGCCUAAAUUACACCAGUUCAGCUCACUUCAACUUAGAGACGAAUGUACAAUCCUUUCUCACUAUGUGCUGGUCAGCCUGAACCAAACUCUCAAAAGGGCUUGAAUAUUCUAUCUGGAAGUGUCCAAGAAAUUCCCAGAGUCGCUGUCCCCGCGCCCUGCGAGGCACCUGACACAGCCAUCUACUGCCUUCAAUGAGUCUUGGUCUCUACUGUACAGAUUAGUAUGUUGGAAAUGCUUUGCAACAAAACAGCUGGUACUCCUGAAAGAGUAACUGCAGUUUUAAUAUCAGCAGCAUGCACACUUUCGUUUUUAAACUAAAAAUGUUUUUACAGGGCUGUUAAACUGACAAUUUAGGGUAGAAUAUUGUUAAUGACUUGCUAAUGGCUUAUUUGUUUGGGUCAGAAAAAAUAAACUGUGCCAAGAAAGUGUUUUAAUGUGGCAUGGAUUGAUGCUGUUACCGAGGAGUGGCUAAUGUUAUGCCUUGUAACUGGAAAUGGCUCCUGGGGCAGGAAUAGCCUUGACUGAAGAGAUGCAGAUUUCAGACCAGGCCUGAGCCCUGUGCUCCCUGAACCUCUCCCUACAACACACAAUUCCCGUCUUCCUCAGCAUCUGAGGUUCUCUCUAGAGCUGGUACAGCUGCACCCCCAGCAGCUGGAGAGGUUUUAUCUAAACUGGUGUUAAUUGGUUUGGGACUAUGUGUGUGAGGCACAGGGGAGCUGCUGGAAGGGUGGCUGUGGUUCUGCUGCUCAGUCUCAGUGCUGGGGCCACUGUUCCAAGCAUGUCCUGGGACUCCCAGCCGUGCUAAAACUGGUGCUGUUCAAGCUGCUGGUGUUUGGUAGCAGGAUUCUUGCCUCAUCUGGCCUGGCCCAUACAUGGAGCGUCACUCUGUGUCUCAGCAGCCUGAGGGAACAGUUCUGAGCUGGCUCCUUGCCUGGCUGUGCUCUCUGGGCACUGCUGGGCCUUGGGUACCACACAACUGUCCUCAGCAGUUGCCUGGUCCCACCAUCACUGCAGGUCCUGAAUGCUGGUUUGGGGUAUGAGAUGGGGCUGCUGCUCUUCAUCACCUUGGGGCCCUGGGGGGUCCCUCUGCAGCUCCUUAGGGGCACAGUGACAUCACUAAUGGGGUCCCUUCUUCCCUUGCCUCUUUUGUUCCUGUGCUUGUGGGCCAAGGGCACUGCGCUCUUGGUACACCUGUGAGGGGCAGGGAGCUCUGCACCAGUUUGGUGACUCCAGCACGGGAACAGGAGAAAAGGAAGACACCCCUGGAGUACUCGUGUGUCCGAGUGCUGCUUGAUCCUUCCAGCAGGAUUUGUCAGAUCCCAAACCUCUGCAGUGGUCUUACAUGAUGUGUAAGGCGGGUGGACAUCCCCCUGCAGAGAGAGCUGAGUGUUGUGAAACCCAGCAGAGCUGGAAUUGUAUGGCUCUGGCUUUGGGGAGUCUCUCCCAGACAAGGAUUUGUUAUGGUGGAAAAGGGAUUUUGGUUCUUUGGUGACCAGCAGCUUGGAAAUGGCGUGUGGCAGGAGCCACACAGCACCUUGGCUGAGGUGAUUGCUGUUGGGUGGGUUUGGGUUUCAGAUGUGGCUCCGCUCACGCAGAGGUUGUUCAAAGGCACAUUUCAGAGGGAGGAACCCUUUUGCAGUUUAGAGUGGUGAGCCCCAGGUGGGGAUUGGGGGAUUUCCCUGCUGUGGGGUGGGUGCUGCCUGUCUGGGUCACUGCUGGGCCUAGGAGGUGCUGCCUUUUCCUAGGAGAGAAGAGUGAAAGCAGGGAGGGUUUUUUCCCAUUCUCCCUGAAAUCUGGAAUUCAGUGAUCUUAAGGUACCUCUGGUGGCUUCCCAAAGAUGGAUUGUUUGAGUGGUUUGUUGGAAGCUCAGUGUCACAGCUGUGCCUCCCCCUAUCUCAGGGAAGUGUUGCCACUUCCCAGCAGCGCUGACCGAGCUGUCUGUGCUCCGUGUGGUCAGCAGGGCCAACACACCCCAGCUCAGAACUGCCAUGGCACUGGGAAUUCUGAGCCGUUGGCAUUCACCUCUCCAGGUACAGCAUUAGGAAGAACAUUCCCUGGAUGUGAAGUUAACAGCCACUGUCCAAACUAAAAAGAGUUUUUUCAAAUAGAAAAUGCAUUAAACUUUGGGCUGUAAAGCCUCUCCAGGACCGAGGCAGUGACAGCAGGGAAGGGACAUGAUGACAGUCUCCUCAGGUUGGUUUGCUUCCAGCUCAGUCAGGUGGGUGUGUUCUGGGAAUAGAGAAGGGGACAGAGCCUGAGGGCUGCGGGUCAGGGUCCCCCAGCCAUGGGUGCUGGGGAGGCAGCACCCAAACCUACUGGUGCAGGGGGAAAGGUGGGAGCUGGGUUUGAGGGCUGGAAGGAGCAGCAGUAUCAGCAUUCCCACCAGCUCUGUUCCUGUGGAGAUGGAUGCUGUGAGCUCUUCCCUACUCUCCUGCAGAGCACCGAGGCAACUCAUUCACCCUCAGCUGGAAUGUGCCUUAAAGCAAACUGUGUAAAGGGAAAAAUGAAAAGGGAUUGGAAUCCGCAAGUGUUGCUUUUUCCCUUGUGUGGUCACAAAGUAUUCAGUGACUACAAAUGUGGGUAGGGAAUGUCAGGAAUCCUCAGUUCCCUUCCCAGAUCUAGCAGGGGCUUUGGGCCUUUGCCUCAGCUUUUCCAUGCAGAAGCUGUGUUCAGCAUUCCACAGUGAGCAGGGAUCAAAAUCCUGGCGGCUGCAAAGGUCCAGUGAGUACCCCUUGUACAAGAGCUGUAGGUUUUCUUACCUGUUCCCUGUGUUUUAUCCCAAAUGGACAUGUUUGUGCUUUCAUACAGCCGGAUGCAGCAUCCAUCCCUGUGCAGAGUACACAGGGAGCACUGGGGAUUGCUGAGGAGUUGGUUUGGGGUUUGACUCUCCCAAGUGGAGCCUGUGACUGCUGCUGGGGGGAAUCAGAGCUGCAUCUUCAGCCAAACCUGCCCCAAGCAGUGACUGUUGCAGUGUGAGGAGCUUUUCCCUCUGCCUGACCCAGUGCCUGCUCUGAUCUUGCUCCCAGGCUGGGUUUUCCAUCCUGGCUCCGUUCUCCUGCUCAGUCACGGCAUCAUCUGGUGGCUGCAGCCCUGCAGGGAAGUGGUGACCUCAUGGCUGGGGUGUCCCUCAGCUGCUUCCUGAGCCCCUGACACACACAGGGCGUGAUCCUCAUUUUCCUAACCUUGGAAUGAACUAAUCCAGCUGCUCUGUGCUGCGGACAUCCUGCAGUGCUGUGCUGGGAUAGUGUCAGGGCUCUGGACAUAACUAAGGUAUAGCUGGUGAAAAAGAAACUAAACUGAACUGAAGUUGUAUUUAAGAGAUUUAUAAAUCUCUCUUUGGUGCUAGUCCAUAGAGUUGGGGUUUUUUGGGGUAUUUUUGGGUGUUUUUGUUUGUUUUUUUGGUGGGAAGAUGGGAAUUUUGAUGUUAUACUUGAUUAAUUUGCUCUAGAAUUGCCUCAGAAAACUGGGGAGGUCUGAGAGUGUUUGUUGAAUUUCCUGUGUGUCCUAUUUUAUAUUUAUUAAAUCAGAAAAUCUGUAAUGAUCACUUUGCAUUUGCUGCUCAGUCCUUCCAUGAGCUCUGUGUACGUGGGGAGCUCCUGGCAGUCCCCACACAUCAGGAGAAUGGGACCCCAGACCCCAGCUGAGGGAUGGAUGGCCAGGCCCCAUUGUCCAGCCUCCUGUCCAUGUGUGUGUUUGCCUGAGGCUUCUCUAUUCCUCCCCAAAACAAGGAAUUCCCAUGGCUGGUCAGAGCUGUGGGACAUUGACUGUUUCUGGUUUGUGUCUGAGUUGGUACCUUCAACCUCACUCCCAUGACUGAGGGUGGGACUGAUCCAGACACUGACCUUGGUGUGAGGGAAAAUGGGUUCUGAACUCUUCCAAAUAUUGAUCCAAGUCAUCCAAAUGUGCAGGCCUGGAGUAGGGGCUGUGCAGAGCCUGGUGAGGAUCCCUGGGUGUUGUUCUCCAUGGGGUUGGUUGGGAUGUGGUGGGGUCAGCUAGGAUGUCUCAUGGAGGUUCUUGUGCUGCUCCUGCCACCUGGCUUUCACAGGGAAGUGUCAGCAAGUUUGCAGAAGGAAAACUGAUGGAGAGAACAAACUUGCUGAUUUGUUAGGAUUAGAAUAGGUCUGAUAUUUGCAGUGAUUUUCAAUGAGUUGCAAGUGAAAUAAUUCCCUGUGAAUUCGAGAUGGUUUUGUAAUUCUCAUAAUCUGUUUGGGUUCAUUUCCUGGCUGCAGAUCUCUGUUCCUCACUCCAGCACUUGAUGUUUCUAAUCUCCUGGUGAACUUCACAUGGGAGGGUUACAAUAAAUUACAUAGUUUGCAGAAACACUCUGCAGAUGCAAAGGCCCUUUGGAAAUGGAAUAUUGCAAUGGAUGCUUUUUCUCUUACUGACUCAUUUGUACAACACCUUUGUUCUAAGUCCCACAAGUGAAGUAGAAAACAUGUUCUGUUUCCUUUGGGACUCUGUCUCAGAGCCUCUGGAUAAUGCAGGUGUUCUCCUGCUCGGUCCUGGCUGGCAGGUGCAGGACAUCCCUAUGUGAUUCUGACCUUUCAUCUACAGUGUUCCCAGAAAGGCCAGAGGGCUCUGCAUGUGUGAAACUGGCUGGUGCAGUGGGGCCCUGCCACGAGGGGUUUUGUUGUUUAUGAGAGGGAGGCCAUCACUGCCUUUAAAAGAGUGAAAAAUUGAAAAUAUUAAAUUGGUGGAUGCCAGUUUGCCGAGAGUGUGGGCUGUAAUCUAGCGCCAACCAAUAAACACACCAGUACUUCACACA